AUGGCGAAAGAUGAGAAUGGUGAGGGAUUGCAGACUGUUGAAGGGCAACUAAUGGAAAAUCUUGAAGAAUUGAAUCGAAGGAAAGCUAGUAUUUUGGAUGAAAUACAAAUUAUACGAGAAAGAAUUGAUAAAGACUGCCCAGAUUCUGCACUAGGUUGGAGACUGGUUUCUAUUUUGGAAUCCUUGAAGGCACUUGAGAGGCAGGAAUCUGAUUUUCAGUCCCACUGCAGUUUAGAGCGUUCAAAAUUGCAAGGAAAGGUUAAUGAGAUGGAGAAAAUAUUAGAUAAUGGUAAAGAUGGGAAUGAGCAUUCUGAUUGUCUUGUUCAUUCGAUACAAGACUGUAGCAAGAGACUGGAGUUGGCAAAGAAGGAACUAGCAGCAAAACUCCGGGCAAUUGUAUUGCUGAAGAGGCAACUUGAUGAAGUGCCAUCACAAGCUGAACUUAUUCAGUAUGAGCUGCGGUUUUCAGAACUUUAUACUCAGAUUCAGAAAAAGCUUCGGCAAACUCAUAAGCACUAUGAUACUUAUAACGCGUUGAUGGAGAUAAAAGAAUUGAUGCUAAAGGAGACAUCCUUGUUGAACUCCAUAAGCACGCAGUUCCAAGAUGCUAUUACUAGUGCUGAUGGGCGUAUCAAACUCAUCGACUCAUUGGAGGGAAUACUAAAGGGAAUUCAGCAGAGGCAUGGAAAAGUGCAAACUACACUGCAAUCAGAACAACGAAUUUGUGAUUCUCUAAAGGAAAAAUAUGCAGCUGCAAUUUCAGAGCAAAGACACGGCUAUACUCUCUUGAAACUUUUCCAGGAAGAAUGUGCAAGGAAUGAGAGACUUCGUGAUCGAGUUUCAUGA